AGCAGUCGAGCUGGAGCUAAGCCAUAGUCAAGGACUCAUUGUGGGUGCCCAUCAUGAUGUCCUACAGCGAGAGAUUGGGGGGACCGGCUGUCUCCCCACUUCCAGUCCGUGGGAGACACAUGGUGCAUGGGGCAGCCUUUGCUUAUGUCCCCAGCCCACAAGUCCUGCACAGGAUUCCUGGGACAACCACCUAUGCCAUCUCCAGUCUGAGCCCGGUAGCCCUCACAGAGCACAGCUGUCCCUAUGGGGAGGUCCUGGAAUGUCAUGACCCGCUCCCUGCCAAGCUGGCCCAGGAAGAGGAGCAAAAGCCAGAGCCCAGGCUGUCCCAGAAGCUUGCCCAGGUUGGCACAAAGCUCCUGAAGGUGCCGUUGAUGCUAGGCUUCCUUUACCUCUUUGUCUGCUCCCUGGACGUGCUCAGCUCUGCCUUCCAACUGGCCGGAGGGAAAGUGGCUGGGGACAUCUUCAAGGACAAUGCCAUCCUGUCCAACCCAGUGGCAGGGCUGGUGGUGGGAAUCCUGGUGACAGUUCUGGUGCAGAGCUCCAGCACCUCGACAUCCAUCAUUGUCAGCAUGGUCUCCUCUGGCUUGUUGGAGGUGAGCUCCGCCAUUCCGAUAAUCAUGGGCUCCAACAUCGGGACCUCUGUCACCAACACCAUUGUGGCCCUGAUGCAGGCGGGGGACAGGACUGACUUCAGGCGGGCUUUUGCAGGGGCAACAGUGCAUGACUGCUUUAACUGGCUGUCUGUUCUGGUCCUGCUGCCCCUGGAGGCUGCCACGGGCUACCUGCACCACGUCACCGGGCUUGUGGUUGCCUCCUUCAACAUCCGUGGUGGCCGUGAUGCCCCUGACCUUCUCAAGGUUAUCACAGAGCCCUUCACAAAGCUUAUCAUCCAGCUGGACAAGUCUGUGAUUACCAGCAUUGCCGUGGGGGAUGAGUCCCUGAGGAAUCACAGUCUCAUUCGGAUUUGGUGUCAACCAGAGACAAAAGAGGCUUCCACUUCUAUGUCCAGGGUAGAGGCCAUUGGCAGCCUUGCAAACACCACCAUGGAGAAAUGCAACCAUAUCUUCGUGGAUACUGGGCUGCCCGACCUGGCCGUGGGGCUCAUUCUGCUGGCGGGCUCCCUGGUGGUCCUGUGCACUUGUCUUAUCCUCCUCGUCAAGAUGCUCAACUCUCUGCUGAAGGGCCAAGUGGCCAAUGUCAUCCAGAAGGUCAUCAACACAGACUUCCCAGCCCCCUUCACUUGGGUCACAGGCUACUUUGCCAUGGUGGUGGGCGCCAGCAUGACGUUUGUUGUCCAGAGCAGUUCCGUGUUCACCUCAGCCAUCACUCCGCUCAUUGGCCUGGGUGUGAUCAGUAUUGAGCGGGCCUACCCUCUCACCCUGGGCUCCAACAUUGGUACCACCACUACAGCCAUCCUGGCAGCACUGGCCAGCCCCAGGGAGAAGCUCUCCAGCUCCUUUCAGAUUGCCCUCUGCCACUUCUUCUUCAACAUCUCGGGCAUCCUCCUGUGGUACCCGCUGCCCUGCACACGUCUGCCCAUCCGCAUGGCCAAGGCACUGGGCAAACGCACUGCCAAGUACCGCUGGUUUGCCGUCCUCUACCUCCUCGUGUGCUUCCUGCUCCUGCCCUCACUGGUGUUUGGCAUUUCUAUGGCAGGCUGGCAGGCUAUGGUCGGUGUGGGCACACCCUUUGGGGCCCUGCUCGCCUUCGUGGUGCUUGUUAACGUCCUGCAGAGUCGAAGUCCCGGGCACCUCCCCAAGUGGCUGCAGACAUGGGACUUCCUACCCCGCUGGAUGCACUCUCUGCAGCCCCUGGAUGGCCUUAUCACAAGAGCCACCUUGUGCUAUGCCAGGCCCGAGCCCCGUUCACCCCAACUUCCCCCCAGAGUCUUCCUGGAGGAGCUUCCUCCUGCCACGCCCUCUCCCCGCCUGGCACUGCCCGCUCACCACAAUGCCACCCGGCUCUAGGCUGCAGGUCCAGACUAUUGCCUGGAGCGAGGGACGGGAUUUUUACAGAGCCCACAGUAGAAAGGCACAGCAUGUUUGUGAGUGUGUGUGCAUGCAUGUAGAUGCAUGUCACUUGAGGUACAUGAUUUUGUGCCACCCUUGGGUACCUGUCCCUACUCAGGGCCACAGCGGGGUGGGCUUUUUUUGCAAUUAAGAAGCAGUGUGCACAAAUACAUGCUAGGUCCUGAGCCUUUGUGGCCAUCAGGACAGGAGUAUGCGAGUGCAUGGUGUGGGUACAGGGGAUGCAGAUGCAUGAGGAGCCCCCAAAAUUUUCUGGGAAGAGUCGGCUAUGCCCUCUCACCUUCUCACUACCCUUGUCCCAACAGGAGAGGCAGAAGAGCAGCUGGCCUUCUGUAUACAUGAGCCUUUCCUCUGCCAAUUCUGCUAACUGUGCAUAGAAAAAGUUUUAAAAGUUGCAUCUGUCCUGAUCAU